GGUGGCGGCCGCCGUGAGUGCCGGCAGCUGGCAGCUGGUGCGCGGGCUGCGUCACCUGGCGGAGGAGCCGGAGGCGGCCGAUUGGAUGGACGGCUCUGAGAUGCUGGCACGCCGCAGGUACGGCGAGGGCGCCGACACCCUGCGCCAGUACGUGCUGGAGCACGUAGAGACGCCGGCGGCCGACCAGGAGCUGCUGAGACAGCUGAGCAGCCAGGUUCUGGAGAGUUAUGUUAGCAUCGGGCGCUACCAAGACGCUCUCACCUGGAGGGAGACGAUGGAGACGCACCAGCUGCCGCCCCACGACGCCAUCCUGGACAGCAUCGACAACAUCAGACUUCUCGCGAGCUUCGCCGACGGCGACUACGCUGCGGUGACGUCACACGCCGCAGACCUGCCACCUGGCGAGCCCGCCGUCAAAUCAGCGCUGACAUCACAGGUCUAUUCGGCAGCGACCGCCGCGGCGCUCUGCCACGACCAGAAGAGCUGGGAGGCAGCGGCCGGUCAGCUGGCGGCGGCCACGGCCUGGACGGCGCGGCAGGCGCACGACGGCGCCACUGAGUUCCCGCCGGCCGUGGCGCCCGCCACCAUCUUUAGCCUGCAGGUCCUGCUCCAGCUGUCGGAGGUGCGGGACGGCGGACCGGUCUCCAGCCUGCGGCUGCCGGAGCUGGCCGCCGCCGGCUGGCGGGCCGGCAGACUGAACAUCUCCACUCUGCUGCAGAUCACACACUGGGCUCAGUGUCUGCAAGCCCUCGGCAGUGUCACAGCCAACGACCCGGCCGCGGCGCGUCUCCGUCUGAUGGCCGUGAAGCGCCUCAGGCGAGCCGGUGACCUGGAGCCGGCGGCGCGCCUCCUGCUGCGGGGUCACCGCCCGGCGCGGGGUCAGCUCCAGCUGGAGACGGCGCUGGCCGGCCUGGUUACCGGCGCCGCCGACCGGCCGCCGCUGGCCGAGGCGCGCCGCGAGACCGCCAAACUGCUGCACAGCUUGGGUCGACCAUUGGAGGCUAUCGAGGUGCUGCUGGCCACACCCUCUGGUGACGUCACAUCCCGCACCGACCUGCUUUUGGCCCGCUGGCUGGGCGGGGGUGGAGCCUCGUCGGCCCUGGAUGCUGACCGAGUGGAGCAGUACUUGUCUGCAGUGGCGCCGGGUGACCUCAGCGGGGUCAACAGUCACGUGGUGCCGACCGCCGACAUGCGGGUCGGUCGGCUGCUGGAGGCGGCCGUGCAGCGCUCGCCGGAGGACAGCAAGGCAUGGUACAUGCUGGCCGACUGGUGCUACACCUGGGGCAAGCAGGCAGUCACCGACUCACAGUGCCGUUCUGCCGACCAGCUGGUCGACAGCCGCGCCGCCGUGGCCGCGCUGCUGCCGGACGCGCCGGACGAGGCCGUCACCCGCCUCACCGACAUCGUGGAGCGCAGCCAUGUGCAAACGGACCCUGACAAUGACAUCGAGGAUGAUCUGAUCUCGUCGUCGGCCUGGGUGCGCGCGCAGCUGGCGACGGUGGCGCCGCCUGGCCGCGUGGACCAGCUGCUAGAGCUGUGGCGCGCGGCACAGAGCAGUGUCUACGGCCACCUGGGCCUGGCGGCAGGCGCCUACUUCCGCUUCCUCCAGCUGCAGCAGGAGUCGGACACUUCGGGUUGCGAACGGAGCACGCUGGCGGCGCUGCGUCUGCUGCGUCUGAUCGUCAAGCACGCGGCCGAGCUGCGUGAUCAGCUGAUGGAGGGUCUGGCGGACACUCCGGCCGGGCCUUGGAAAGCUAUUAUACCUCAGCUGUUCGCCCGUCUGGAUCACCCGGAGCCGUACGUGCGCUCGUCCAUCGGCCGGCUGCUGUGCGCCGUGGCCGACGACGACCCUCAGCUGGUCAUCUUCCCGGCCGUGGUCGGCGGCGACGGCUGCCGGGCGACGCCCGACACAGAAGGCGAACCGACGGAGGUGGACGGCGACCAGGAGGUGGCGUGUCGUCUGGACUGCUACGCUGGACUGGUGGACACGCUCCGCAGACGGAACCCGGCUGCCAUGGCCGACGUGACGGUGAUGGUGCGCGAGCUGCGGCGGGUGACGCUGCUCUGGGACGAGCUGUGGGCUGGCGCGCUGGCGCAGCACCAGCCGGAGGCGGCGCGCCGGCUGGCCGCGCUCGCCGCCGAGCUGCAGAAGGUGGCCGAGCGUGAGGCGCUCAGCGAGGACGAGCGCGCAGCCAUCGCCGCCGACAAGUACAGCAUCGCCGUCAGGCCGAUUCUGUACGUUCUUGAGAAAAUACAUGCCAUCACGUCAGUGCCUGCAGAAACUCCACAUGAAGAGACCUUCCAGAAGCUCUAUCAGGCCGACAUUGAGGUGGCGCUGGCUGGGCUACGCGAGCCGGCUGAGCCGUGGACGCCGCGCGCCGCCUGGGAGCCGUUCCGCCGGCUGGCCGCCGCCCUCCAGCAGCGCAUGUCUGGCCGCGCUGCGCAGGCACUCAGCCUGGACGACAUCUCUCCAGUGCUGGCCGGUUUGCGGGACACGGCCGUAUGUAUGCCGGGCGUGGCGGGCGCCUGCGGCCUCAUGGUGAGCGCCAUCGAGCGCAGCGUGCUGAUCCUGCCGACCAAGACCAAGCCGAAGAAGCUGCAGCUCUGCGGCUCCGACGGGCGCAGGUACGCGUACCUCUUCAAGGGUCUGGAGGACCUGCACCUGGACGAGCGCGUCAUGCAACUGCUGUCCAUCACCAACCAGAUGCUUGCCAAGCAGACCGAGGACGUCGAACGGUACCGUGCGCGCGGCUACGCCGUGGUGCCACUGGGCCCACGCUCCGGCCUCAUCCAGUGGGUGGAAGGCAGCACGCCCCUGUUCGGCGUCUACAAGCGCUGGCAACAACGCGCCGCCACCGCCAACGGCACAGCCGGCCCCCUACAAACGCCCGUGGCGCGGCCUUCCGAACUGUUCUCGGCCAAACUGCAGCCGGUGCUGCGCUCUCGCGGCCUGCCGGCCGACUCGAGCCGCCGUGACCUGCCAUCAGAUGUCCUCGUCAGCGUGCUGCAGCAGCUGCUGGAGGAGACGCCAGGGGAUCUGCUGGCCAGUCACGUGAUGAUGAUUGGCACCAGCUGA